AUGCCCUCCUCCAUCCCAGACUCAGACAGGAGGCACAGAGCCUCAGCAGCAUUUUCUCUGAGUUUCCUCUCUUUAAUCUUCUCCAUCACGGCUUUCAGCAGCAGUUACUGGUGUGAAGGGACCAGAAAAGUGGCCAAACCUUUCUGCAAAGGAGACAGCAAAGGGGAUCUGUGCAUCCGCUUCAACAGCGCCGACGGCAACAGCAGCCAGGCCGUGCAGUACAUCUGGGAGACUGGGGACGACAAGUUCGUGGAGAAGAAGUUCCACGCUGGCAUCUGGUAUUCCUGUGAAGAAAUGAUAAAUGAAGAAGGUGAGAAAUGUAGAAGCUUCAUCAGUCUGACUCCAGCUUCUGAUCGAGGGGUUUUAUGGCUGUCUAUUGUAGCAGAGCUUCUCUACGUGGUUUUGCUCCUGACUGGGAACAUUCUCAUGUCAGUGGAAAUAUGCUACUACAGCUCUGUCAUUGAUGGGCUGAAGAUCAACGCCUUCUCUGCAGUGGUCACCGUGCUAGCAGGUCUUCUGGGAAUGGUUGCUCACAUGAUGUACACAACUGUAUUUCAAAUGACUGUAAAUCUUGGUCCUGAAGACUGGAGACCUCACACUUGGGAUUAUGGCUGGUCCUAUGGCCUUGCAUGGACCUCCUUCGCUUGCUGUAUGGCUGCAGCUGUCACCACUAUUAACAAAUAUACAAAAACUAUCUUGGAAUUCAAGCACAAGAGAAGAAAGCUGGAAAGGAGCUUUAGGAUUCAGUACAAGUUUCCUGAGCACACAGCUCCAGAGAAGGUUUGCAAUGUGUAUGUGAACUCUUUCCAGAACACCACAGAUGACCCCACACAUGCAUUAAGAAGUCUGCGUCACCUGGCCACUAUUUCAGUCCUCUAAAGCUGAACCAGAUCUCAGAGCAUCCUGUAAAUUAUCAUCCUAGAUCCAAACAAAACUGUGUUAAUGAAUAAAAUGUAUCAAUGUGUAGUAUUAUUUAUUUUUCUUAAUAAAGAAAUUAUAUUUCCGUGGAUGUUUCAAGGAAGUCUUGGGAUUGGAAAAGAAGAUUCAGGUGGCUCAGUUUAGAUAAAAACAGUGACACAGGUUCCCCCCAGGUCUAGUUUUUAAGCAGUUUCUAACAGUGAGUUUGUCAGAAUUUUAGAGCAUCACUCCACCUGAUUCUUUAUUAAAAAGGCUGUAAAAAAUCCCACCCUGAAACCCUAUAUAUCUUUAUUCAGGCAAUAAAUACAGUUUGAACUUGUUCUGCCAGCAGGAUCUGUAACAGGUCAGGUUAUGGCCAGUGAUAAGGUGGAGCUGAUAACAGAGAGGCAUCAUUAAAUCAGAAGAAAACCAUUCGUGAUAAGAGAGGAGAGUUUUUGUCUAUGUAUGGAACAUGCUUUAAAAAAUGAGAUUUCCUCAUUGGCAACAGGUCCCAAAGCUUCACUGCUGCAAUUGUAGAAAUUCACUGCUGCAAUUGCAGAAAAACAAUUUCCUGUAUCAGAUCAGAAGGUCAUGUGCUCCAGUUUGUGUCCAUUACCUUUUUCAUUUCUACUGUGCAUAUUUGAGAAGAAUCUGGCUCCAUAUUCCCUACACCAUCCUACUAGGUGGCUGCAAUAGCAGUAAGGUUUCCUCUUUAAUCUUUAGAAAAGUUUGGUUUUAUCCUUUACAGUGCUCUGAAAGUGCCACCUUCAGUCCAGCAGGGGAACAAAGCAGGAGAGUUUGGUGCCCUCUCUGUUAGAAGCAGUCUCAAUUCCUUAUCCAAAACACAAGAUCUUGCUUCCUUCCCCUUGGUUCACUCAUUUCUUUGUGAUGGAUAUGUUUCUAACACCUUCACCAACAGAGGAAUUAUUUCUGAUUCCAUCUGACUUUCUGCUUUUUGUCAACCCUAACUCUUUUUACAAUAGAUUUUUACCCAUCUCAUGCUGUUCCUGGGUGUCAUAGAAGAAUUUCCAGCUCAUCCAGGAACAUACUUGGCUAAUGUCUACAAGUCCUUUGAAAAAUGCAAUUUAUGCAAGUGCCUCAUUUUCUAUUUCUUAGCCUGAAGGUCACUAACACAGCCUGACAGUCUCUGCCAUUUCCUCAGGAUUGUUUCUUACACUGGUUUGCAUGCACAUGAAGUGCUGCAGGUGGGUAAGGGUUUUUUAAAUAAUUGUGCAGUAAGAAUCCAUCCAGAUCCAUUCUUAAAUCUCAGGCUGUCUGUUUUUCUCAUGCUAACCACUCCAGAAGCAGUAUGUCUUCUGCU